AUGGAAAGGCCAUGUGAGUGUAAAGAAUGUGGGAAAGCUCUUAGUCGGUGUUCUUCAUUAACUCAUAAAAGUACUCACACUGGAGAGAGACCUUAUGAAUGUAAGGAAUGUGGGAAAGCCUUUAGUCAUACCACAGCCAUUGCUGAACAUACAAGAUCUCCCAGUGGAGAGAAGCCUCAUAAAUGUCAGGAAUGUGGGAAAGCCUUUAGGUAUUCCUCACAGCUGAUUGAACAUACUAGGUCUCACCGUGGAGUAAAGCCAUAUGGAUGUAAGGAGUGUGGAAUAACCUUUCAGUUUCACAGACAGUUCACUCAACAUGAAAGAACACAUAGUGGAGAGAAGCCUCAUAAAUGUCAAGAAUGUGGGAAAGCCUUCCAUCUGUCCUCAGGCCUAAGUAAACAUAAAAAAACACAUAGUGAAGAGAAGCCUUAUAAAUGUAACGAAUGUGGAAAAGUCUUGCGUCACUCCUCAUCCCUCAUUGUACAUCAACGAUCUCACCGUGGAGAGAGGCCUUAUGAGUGUAAGCAGUGUGGGAAAGCCUUUAGUCACUCCUCAACCCUCACCGCACACAUACGAUCUCACCGUGGAGAGAGGCCUUAUGAAUGUAAGGAAUGUGGCAAAGCCUUUACUCAAUCUGCAAGCCUCAGUGCACAUAUAAGAUCUCACCGUGGAGACAGGCCUUAUAAAUGCGAAGAAUGUGGGAAAGCCUUUAUUCAGUCCUCACACCUCACGGUACAUAAAAAAACACACAGUGGAGACAGGCCUUACAAAUGUGAUGAAUGUGGGAAAACCUUUACUGCGUCCUCAAGUCUCAAUGUACAUAGAAAGUAUCACCGUGGAGACAGGCGUUACGAAUGUAAGGAGUGUGGGAAAGCCUUUAUUCAGUCCUCACACCUGACUGUACACAAAAAAGGACAUAGUGGAGAGAAACCAUAUAAGUGUAGUGAAUGUGGGAAAACCUUCACUGCGUCCUCAAGCCUCAAUGUACAUAGAAGAUCUCACAGUGCAGACAGGCCGUAUGAAUGUACCGAAUGUGGAAAAGCCUUCACUCAGUCCUCACACCUCACUGUACAUAGAAGAUCUCACAGUGCAGACAGGCCGUAUGAAUGUACCGAAUGUGGAAAAGCCUUCACUCAGUCCUCACACCUCACUGUACAUAGAAGAUCUCACAAUGGGGAGAGGCCUUAUGAAUGUACAGAAUGUGGUAAAACCUUUUCCAUGGCCACAAACCUCACUGCACAUAAAAGAACACACAGCGGAGAGAAGCCAUAUAAAUGUAAUGACUGUGGGAAAGUCUUUCCUCACUCCUCGUACCUCAGGACACAUAUGGCACAUCAUAAUGGAGAGAGGCCUUACGAAUGCAAGGAGUGCGGGAAAGCCUUUGUACAGUCCUCACAUCUCAACAGGCACAGAAGAACACACAUAGAAAAAAGCCUUAUAAAUGUAAGGGUGCAGCCUUUGGUCAGCUCUAACACCCCACUGCACAUAAAAAUCUCAAUGGAGGAAGGCCUUAAUAAUCGGAGUUCCGGGAAGAGCCUACAAGCAUCCCAUCAAGGACUGGUUGAAACUUGGAAGCUGACCAUGCACAGAAACCAAUAUCCUCUCAGGAAAGAGGUUGAGAAGUUCCCUCUGGCCAAGCCCACCACUGUCCGCAUCAGGUUGUCUCCCUGCUGCAACAGAAGGGAGGCCUGUGCUCAUGACAGGACAGAUGAGGAGAUACCAGGUUAUUUUACUGGACAAUCUGAAUAUUACCCUGAGAAUUAUGGCAUGGCUAAACCUGCCAUCCUUCUGCCUGAUGUGGCAAUUGGAGGUGAACCAUGA